AAAUUUAGGUAUCGAUCCGAUACCAGGUAUGAUCAUACAAUGGUCAUAAUUUAAGUCCUGGUGUGUUCAGCGACGUAUUUCCUGAGUUUACAAACAUAAUAUGAAUUUUUAAAAAAGGAAAAAUUGUUUUGUGAUGCUAAAAAAUCUCUAUAUAAUCAUAGUAGUAUCGACUAGAUAGGGUCCUGUACUUGGUAUCCUUACAGUGGAUGUCAGGUGUAGAUCCACCCAUGGCGUUUGUUUCCAUUGUGACACAGCGCUCUGAGGAAAGGCUGUCGAUGUCUGGAAAUAGACUGCUGGGAUGGACCAGGUAUGGAGCCGGUGGUCUACCACGGGUACACUUUGACCACCAAGAUACUCUUCAAGGACGUCAUCACCACCGUGGACCAGCACGCCUUCGAGGUGUCUGUUUACCCGGUGAUCCUGUCACUGGAGAACCAUUGUUCUAAAGAACAGCAGGAGGUCAUGGCCCUCUACCUCACUGGCAUACUGGGGGACAAACUGCUCAAUGUCCGCCUGGAUCACCCCACCACUGGAGACCUCCCAAGCCCAAAGGACCUAAAGUAUAAGAUCCUCAUUAAGAAUAAAAAGCUAAAGCCUCGUGCUAAGGUAGAGGGAGUGACAGGGACAGAGGCAGACGAGAGUGGAGAUGAGGGCGAGGAGGAAGAGGAGGAGGAGGAAGAGGAGGAGGAGGAAGAUGACGAUCUGCAGAGCAGACUUAAGUUUUGGUCUCCCAGAAAGAUUGUCAAAAAGAAGAAGGUGGUGGUGGCGGACGCUCUGUCUGACCUUGUCACCUACACCGUGUCUGUCAAGUUCAUCAGCUUCAGCCAUUCCAAAGACUGUCAGAACUACUGUGAGAACACCUCCAUGGGGGAGAAAAAAGCCCGCAAGCUGGCAAAAGUUACAGGUAAAGAAUUUGUUCACCACAAUCAGAAGUUCCUCAGCAGGAUUUACCCAGCAGGCUCCAGGACGUCUUCCUCCAACUAUAACCCUCAGGAGUUUUGGAACGUGGGCUCGCAGCUCGUGGCACUCAAUUUCCAGUCCCUGGGAAUGCCAAUGGACCUUAAUGAUGGCCGUUUCCAGGACAACGGGGGCUGUGGGUAUGUCUUAAAGCCUGCAGUGCUCAUGUCCAGUCAGAAGAGCUUUGAUCCUGGCGGCAGUCAGCGCGGCGUGCAACCAACACACCUGCUGCUCAAGGUGAUCAGUGGCUCCAACCUACCUGUUCCCAGGAGUGGCAAGGCUCUGGACCCUUUUGUCAGAGUGGAGAUUCACGGGAUCGCAUCGGACUGCAGCAGGAAAACCACACACACUGUCAAAAACAACUCUUUGAACCCGUUCUGGGACGCCGACAUGAACUUCCGCCUCAGCAUCCCUGAACUGUGCCUGGUCCGCUUCUCCGUCCGAGACCAGACCGGUUUCCUGUCCAGCGACUUCGUGGGCCAGUACACGCUGCCGUUCUUCAGCAUGAAGAAAGGCUAUCGCUGGGUGCCUCUACGGGCCCGAGAUGGAUGCAGCCUGGAUCCAGCCUCUCUUUUUGUUUUUGUCUGGUACUCCUAAAACACAGCUCCGGAACACUUUGGCAACAGGGAGGCAGCUCAACAACAAAUAGAAAGACAUUGAAUAGAUGCAUGAGCUGUAUAUAUUCUUGCAUGUGCUGCAGGGUUUAGGAGCAGAAGCCUCCAGCGUGGCUGAAAAGCAGCUCGUCUAAAACUGAAAAAUCCCUGGAGUGAGAUUGUAGUUUCCUGUGACGAAAUGAAUAUUUGAUGCAAGUUCAGUUGUUUUUUUCUCUCUCAGAAGAAAUCUGGCUGAGUGGCCAACACGUGCCGGCAGGUUACAGUAAUAAGUGGAGCUGCAUCUCUCCCACAUGAGAAAUCCUGCAGGGAAUAACAUAAAUAGCCGUCACAGAGGUGUACAUUAUUGAAGAAGUCUAUUUUCAUCCGGGCUCAUCACUACAUCCACUAAAUGAGGUUUUUUUUUCUCUCUAAAUGAGACAGGGACAGAGGAUGGUGUGUGUAUAUAUGUUUAUAUACACAUAUAUAUAUAUAUAUAUAUAUGUGUGUGUAUGUAUAUACACACAUAUAUAUGUAUAUAUAUACAAAUAUAUAUAUAUGUGUAUAUAUAUAUAUAUGUGUGUGUAUAUAUGUGUGUGUACGUAUAUACACACACAUAUAUAUAUGUGUAUAUCUAUAUAUAUAUGUGUGUGUAUGUAUAUACACACAUAUAUAUGUAUAUAUAUAUAUAUAUACACACAUAUAUGUAUAUAUAUAUAUAUAUAUAUAUACCUGCGAUGAGGUGGCGAUUUGUCCAGGGUGUACACCGCCUUUCGUCCGAUUGUAGCUGAGAUAGGCACCAGCGCCCCCCCCCGCGAUCCCAAAGGGAAUAAGCGGUAGAAAUGGAUGGAUGGAUGGAUAUAUAUACAUACAUAUAUAUAUAUAUAUAUUUACAUACAUAUAUAUAGUAUAUACAUAUAUACUAUAUAUAUGUAUAUAUACAUAUAUGUAUAUAUAUACAUAUAUAUAGUAUAUACAUACAUAUAUAAAUAUACAUAUAUAUGUAUAUAUACAUAUAUAUUUACAUACAUAUAUAUGUAUAUAUAUACAUACAUAUAUAUAUAUAUAUAUAUAUAUAUAUAUAUAUACAUACAUAUAUAUAUAUAUAUAUGUAAAAAGUUCUAUUUUGGUUUCAUCUGACCACAUGACAUUCUCCCAAUCCUCUGCUGUAUCAUCCAUGUAUCCAUUUUGGUAUAAACUCAACUGGUGGUGUUUGGAGGAAGAAGAAUACUGAGUUGCAUCCCAAGAACACCACACCUACUGUGAAGCAUGGGGGUGGAAACAUCAUGCUUUGGGGCUGUUUUUCUGCUAAGGGGACAGGACGUUUGAUCCGUGUUAAGGGAAGAAUGAAUGGGGCCAUGUAUCGUGAGAUUUUGAGCCAAAACCUCCUUCCAUCAGUGAGAGCUUUGAAUGGUUGACCAAAUACUUAUUUUACAAAUAAAUUCUUUAAAAUUCC